GGUUCAGGAUAAUUCCACCCAGAUCGAAUAUGAUACUCCGAGCAUCAUAACUGACGGCUCCAUACUCGAUUGCACUAAAGCUCGAAAUACCCGUGAAAUCCUCACUCCGUUUCGGAGCUCUCGUGCUUCCCUCUCUUCGCUCACAGAGUAAUCAAAGGGAGGAAAUGAGCAACCAAAACCCGAUAAGUGGUGAUCGGUUAAGGACAAGUUGGACCCCAGCAAUGGAACGUUAUUUUAUUGAUCUUAUGUUAGAUCAGGUUCAUAGGGGCAAUAGAUUGGGCCAUACAUUCAACAAACAAGCUUGGAAUGACAUGUUGAUGAUGUUUAAUGGCAAUUUCGGGACUCCAUAUGAUAUGAAUACCUUGAAAAGUCAUUACACUAGUCUGUGGAGGCAAUUCAACGACAUAAAGAACCUUCUUGAUCAGAAUGGAUUUUCGUGGGAUAACACUCGGCAAAUGGUGAUUGCAGAUAAAUAUACUUGGGAUGCUUAUGUCAAGGUUCACCCAGAUGUUCAGGUCUACAGAAACAAGGCUCUGAUGACCUUCAAUGAUUUGUGUUUGAUAUAUGCACAUACGCAAGCAGAUGGAAGAUACAGCCUUUCAAGUCAUGAUAUAGAUUUUGAUGACGAAAUUCAGGGGAUGAUUGAUGGUGCUGGAGUGAUUAGCCCUACCCCUGCUAGUAAAGUGAAAAGAAAUGCAGAUUGGAAACCAGCCAUGGAUGAAUUUUUUCUGAAUCUGAUGCUGGACCAACUUGAAAAAGGCAGUAAAAUGAGUAAUACGUUCACAAAACAAGCUUGGAAAGACAUGGUCACGUUAUUCAAAAAAAAGUUUGGUUCUCACUAUCAAACAAGGUUCUUGAAACAGCUUCAUAAGAAACUGUUGAAGUACUAUUCUGAUGUUAGAAGCAUACUUGCCAGAAAAGGAUUUUAUUGGGACACAAAUCGACAAAUGAUUGUGGCUGAUGAUGAUGUUUGGGGAAAUUAUAUCCAGGCACUUCCAGAUGCACGUGUAUAUAGGAAGAAACCCUUGCUGAACUAUCAGGAUUUGAACUCGAUAUAUGCCAGUGAAAUUAGCAAUGGACUCCUUAAUCAUUUGGAUCAAGAUGAAGAAGAAAGGGAGGGCCAAUCCUUUUCUUUUUCUGGUAAUGGUCAUUUGGCUUCCUUUGAGGAUCUUGACAGUGAAGGCCUAGAUUUUAUGACAGACGGAGAAGACAUUCAGAGCCAUGGAAAUGACAUUUUUUCAAGGAAAGAUUGGACACCUCCAAUGGAUCGUUAUCUGAUUGACCUUCUUCUGGAGCAACUGCAGAAAGCGAACAAGAUUGAUUACUCUUUGGACGACCAAGCGUGGGUAGAUGUGCUUGUGUUAUUCAAGGAAAGAUUUGGUUUACAAUACGACAAAGAUCUCUUGAGGAGUCGCUACAAAAGUUUAGAGAAGCAAUACCACGAUACAAAAGAUCUUCUGGAUCGGAGAGGGUUUUGGUGGGACGAAACACAGCAAAUGGUCACAGCAUAUGAUGAUGUUUGGGAUGCUUAUAUUAAGGAAUGCCCUGAUACGGAAGCGUACAGAACGAAAUCCAAGCCAAAUUAUAAUGAUUUGUGCUUGAUUUAUGGAAACUCAAAUUUGGGGGAAAGAUACAACCAAUCAGGUCAAGCCAUGGGCUGUAACGGUGAUGCCAAUUAUAACCAUAGCUAUCACCGGAGAACUGAUUGGACACCUCCAAUGGACCGAUAUUUCAUUGAUCUAAUAUUAGAGCAAGUUCGCAACGGAAGUAUGGUUAACCAAAAAUUCAGUAAACUAGCCUGGACUGAUAUGGUUUCUAAGUUCAGAGCACAGUUUGGUUCCCAGCAUGACAAAGAUGUCUUAAAAAGUCGUUUUGUGAAUUUGAGGAAACGAUUCAAUGACAUGAAAACUCUACUUGACCAGAGUGGGUUUACUUGGGAUGAAAUGCAGCAGAGGAUAACUGCUGAUGGUGAUCUUUGGGAUGCUCAUGUCAAGGUGCGCCCUGAUGCACGAUCAUACCGCAAUAGAACCCUACCAAAUUUCAAUGAUUUGUGCUUGAUAUAUGGAAAUGAAGACAGUCUUAAAAGGGAGAGUUCAUCUAUUCACUCUAUGGAUGCCGAGGAUGAUGAUCCGAGAGUUAAUGUUGGGGAUGAAACUCAGCAGACAAUAUUCGCAGAAGUUGACAAUGUCUGGGACGCUUAUGUGAAGGAUCACCCAUAUCAACCUGCAUAUGGAAAUAGCAUCUUGGACUACAAUGAUUCGACUAUGAUAAAUGGCAAUGGAGUCGCUGAUGGAAGAUCAAGUUAUUUGAGUACGGAAAUGGGGAAGACGGGAUUUGAUAUGACCUUUGGUGGCUUGCAAUCCCGAACCAUGGAAUAUGAAACAUCGAUUCAGCGAAAGAAGCGAAAGCCAACAGCUUCAUCUACCUCAGCUAGUAAGAGAGUUCAAAGAACCAUCAAGGAGGAGGUGCAAGAAACCUUAGAUGAGAAACCACAGAGAGUAAACGGGUUUGUCGGCAAUGAAGAGGACAAAGACUGCUGCUCGAUAGAACGCAUUGUUGAUGCACUUGAAACGGUACCUGACAUGAAUGAUGAGCUCUUCUUGGAAGCUUCUCAGAUUCUAGAAGACGAGAGGAAGGCGAAGAUGUUUGUGGCUAUGGAUGUAACAGCCCGACAGAAAUGGUUAUUCAGAAAACUCCGCCGGUAGAUCACAGGAACUCAUGCCUUGUGUUUUUUGUUCGUGUAAAUUAGACACAGAUGAGCUUGUGUAUAUUCAAUUUGGUAGCCUUGUUUCUC